AAGGAAUUCAGUUUAGUUCAAAGCCAACCACACACACAACAACCAUGAAGUUCUUCAUUGCCACCGCAUGUGUCCUGCUCUUGGCAGCGGGCAUCUCUGCCGAUCCUGUCAAGGCCGCCACCGAGGAGCAGUCGGGUGCAUUUGCCAAGUGCCUCGACACCGACUCCAUCUCGUGUCUGCAGCUCACGCUCUUCCGCAAGGCCAAGUCCAUCUUUGACAAUCCCCAAAUCGAACUCUUCGGCGGCGUCUCCCUGGUCAAGGCCAACGAAGGACGCCAGGGCAAGUCGCUAGACAACUCGGUCGCCGUGGAGGCCGCACCCACCGUUGAGGCCCGCACCGCCGAGAUGGGCAACUACUUCAUGGACAACGCCAAGAGCUUCUUCGCCGAGCGCUCCCUGAACUUCAACUUUGCCAAUGCCGCCCGCAGCGUUGCCCGCGCCAUUCCCGAUGACAUCAAGGCUGAUCUCCGUGAGCUGGUUGUGGAGUCCCGCACCCGCAAGAAGAAGCUCCUCAAGAAGUUCCUGCCAAUCCUGCUGGGCGUCGGUGCUAAGAUCGCUGUUCUCGGCGUUGGCUCCAUCUUCGGCCUGCUCUUCCUGGCCAAGAAGGCUCUGGUUGUGUCUGUGAUCGCUUUCUUCCUGGCUCUGGCUGCUGGCGCUUCCAGCGGACUCGGUCGCAUUGGCGGCUCGGGCGGCGGCGGUGGUCUGCUCGGCGGUCUGGGUGGUCUUUUCGGUGGCAAGAACGCCGGCGGUGCCUCCUCUGCCAGCUCCGGUGGAUGGUCCUCAGGUGGCGGUGCUGCCGCAAGCAAUGGCUGGUCCUCGGGCGGCGCCUCUGGCUGGGAUACCCACGGUGCCUACAGCUCCCCCGUGGCCCAGACCAUCGCCUACCAGGGCUACAAGCAGGCCAGGCGGUAAGCUCUGAGCCCCGCUCCCCCCACAUACACCCUCGAAGCAGGACCCCGGAUGCCGACGUCCAGGUGGUCCGUGAAGGAGAGAGAACAUUCGCGAAAAUGAUGACCAGUUAAUUAAUGCCUAUAUUUAUAUUUACUUAUAAAUUAUUUAUUUUAAUUUAUUUACUUGAACGAGACGAGAGUGUUGGGGCGGCGGUCGCUCCUGGCUGUCGCACCCACAACAACAAAAGUGCCUUCCAUUAGUAAACUCUCGGCCCAGAGAGCCACCACCACCACCACCACAACCAAACACAAACACACCACCAACACCACCACCACCACGUUUCAUCUACACCAAUAGCACCAGCCACAACGAACAACAACCACCGUCAACAACCUCCACAACACACACCCCAAUUUCACCUCUCACUCUUCAGUCUGUGCUCUCCACAGUCCCUACAACUCUACACUCUAUCUGUACUCUACACUCUAUCUGUAAUUUCAUGGCUGCACCUCUGAUUUAUGGACUCCAAACGUGUUUCUUGCAAGCCGACUAGUCGCGUCCAUCUAUCAAGGUCAGCCGCCUCGCCCUAUCCAUCCUUUAACUGUGACUAUCUUUCAUCUCUAUCCAUCUAUCUAUCUCUAUCUCCAUCUAUCUAUCUACAUCUGUACCUAUAUCUAAAUCUAUCUGUGUCUUUUCCAACUUUACCGCAACGGAAAGCACAAUCAAAUGCUGAUAAAUCAAAGAAUCAAAUAAUAAUUCAACAUAAAACAAAAAACAUUCUAUACAAAAAUUGUGACUCUCUUUUCCCUAUCUAUUUCUGUGAAACUUUUCCCUUUCAAUUUGCAUACGCAACCUUUCAUUCUCUCUCUCAUUCGCAUCUGCUCUUCACGACAGCCUCUCGACAGCAUCACUCAUACGCCUCGUUGUCUGGCCAGGCAAUUUGCAUUUGUAUGGCGCCGGGCAACUUUCAUUUCACUUCAUUCUUUGCUAUCGCGCCACCAAAAUCGAACUCUGGAAAUGUUUUCUACAAAAAAUUUCACCCACUUAUUUCAUCUUUCCUCCAUCAUCUCUUCUGCUCAAUCUUCAUUUUCUUCACUGCACUUUCUUCGCUCUUUGGGCCUCUCGUAGCCAGAAUACGAACAAAGCAAUUUGCUAAAAAUA